GGGAGCAGACGCGUGGAGUGGGAGCUGGAAAGAGGCGUGGCUAUACUACCCGGUCGUACCGAUCGCCGCAGCGAGGUACAGCAGUCACACGCUUCACUCUCUCGGCAACCUUCGGCGCAGCGGAAUGUCUACGCGUUCACAGCUCCGUGCAGAGCUCUAUUCGGUUUACCUACUUUUUUCAGUGGUGGUGUUCACUAUAGGGUUCUCGAUUGUCUCUCAGUGGUGCUUUAGUGUUGUGAAGUGAGUGUCAAGUGUCUCCAAAGUGAAAAUUAGCUCAACUUCAAACUCUUCUGAGGAAAACGGGAUAGCUGUGCAGCAAACUAGGCGAUCGGCAUCUAUACUAGUGGACCAUACCAAAUGGAAUGAACUUUUGCCGUUGAGGGCGUGUAUUAAUCGGUUGGCCUGCUGUGCAAUGCGUGUGAUUUCUUAUUGGACAUUCUAGACGCGCUCCCGUUUGUAACAGAUACGAAAACGAUGUCCAGCGAAGGUGAUUCUUCAAAAAGUGUAUUAUCAGAAGCCAACGAAAAAAGUGGCACUGAUAACAAUACCGAUGACUCGCAAGAUUCUCAAGAUGUUGGUGAUGCCAAGGCUGAGAAGCCAGUAAAAGAAAAUAAUGUUGAUGAUAAGAAAAUAGAUGCUAAAGAUGAAGAAGAAAAGAAAGAAAGUGACGCUAAACCGAACGACAUCAAAAAGGAUGAUGAAAAUGAUGAGCCUGACGCAAAACCUGAAGUUGAUGAAAAGGUAAACAAUGAGGCAAAAACUGAAGCCAAAAGUGAAGAUGAAGAUGCAGAGAGUGAAGGAACUGAAAAAUCUGAAAAGGAAGAACCAGAGAAGAAUGAUAAAGUAGAAAAAAAGAAAAAAGAGAAGAAAGAAAAGGUGGAGGAAAAAAGUGAGGGAAGUGAAAAUGAGGAAGAGAGUGAUGAAGAAAAAUCUGAGAAAAGUGAAAAGGAUGUGCCACUUUUGGAUCAACCUUUGGAGAUAUCUGGUAAGAGGGAGAGGAAAAAUGUGCAAAGAUUUAAGGAGGAUCUACCAGCUAAAAGCGAAGGUAAAGUUGAAUUUGCUGAAGGAAAAGGUACUGCCCUUGGUGACAUUCCUCGUAUAGAAGCUUCAAUAACCCGCUACAAGAAUGAUGAUUUGAAAACAUUACAUCGUCUCUUGUUUAAAGUGAAUGGAAAAACUACUCUUGUCAAAAAGAACAUCAGAAAAUUCAAUGGUUUCGAUUUUGAUAAAGAUUCUGAUGAAUAUCAAAAGAAGAUAGCAAGUGUUCAAAAAUUAGAUUUAAAACAGUUGAAAGGUCUCUGUGAAGUUCUUGAUUUGCAAAAAAGUGGCACCAAAGAUGAUCUGGUGAAUAGAAUUGUAGAUUUCCUUUUGGAACCAAAAGAUUCUGGAAAACCAGUGGAUGGUGGCAGACCAAGAAGAUCUGCAGCAGUCAAAGCAAAUAACAGAGGUAAACGCACAAACUUGAAAGAUGACAGUUCCAGCGAGGAGGAAUUUCAACCGGAGGCGUCCGAUAGUGACGGAAAACCGCGAGUGAAUAAACGCAAGCGACGCGGAAAAAAGAAAUCUUCGGAUGAGGAAGAGAUCAGCGAGGCGAGCAUAGGAUCCUCUGACGAGUCAGAUGAUGAACCGAAACAGAAGCGCAGAAAAUCCACGACUAAAUCGAAUGCCAAACCGAAAGGUAAACGCACUCCUGCUCGACGCGGUAGGCCUUCAGCAGCGUCGAAAAAGACGCCGGCAAAGGGACGCGGUCGCAAGAAGGUGUCCGAGAGCGAGGACGAGGACAGCGAUAAGAGAGACGACGAUGGUAGUUCGUCCGAGGAUGAACCGUUGGCUAAGAAGGCGAAGAGCAAAGAACCACCUACUGAUGAAGAAAUAAAGACAUUUAUUAAGGAUAUAUUAGAAGGUGCAAAUUUGGAAGAAAUUACAAUGAAGACCGUAUGUCAAAGGGUGUAUGGCCAUUAUCCAGAUUUUGAUCUCACCCAUAAGAAAGAGUUUAUUAAGUGUACUGUAAAAUCAAUUAUUUCUACGUGAACGUAUUUUAACAAAUAGCAUGUAAGAUCAUUUCAUGAAACCACCAUUUUCAAAUGAUUUUUGGAGUACAAAAAAUGUUUCAUAUUUAUUGAGGUGUCAAUAUUUUUUUUUGAAAAAUAGUCGAUAUUUGAAAUUUGAUGCAAUUCUUAAAAUCUAGCACAUGGCAAUGCAUACUUGAAUAUUCUGAUUAGUAUGAAUGUGAAUAUAAUUUUAAAUAGAUGUACAUUACAGUGUGUGUGUUGUGUUAGAUUUUAAUAAUUCGUAUUAUUGUAUCCAUUACUUAUUUGAGUUUUUGUCCCAAUUUACCGAAUAUCAUGAAAAUUUAAAUGGUAUCAUAGUACCUAUAUAUUUUCGUACACAAUAUCACAUUUUCAAACCGGCGUUAUAGUAAGUUUUCUUUUUGUUUUAUAUGUCAUACAAUUUUCUUAAAGCUUUGUUGUCAAUAGAUUGUCUAUGCUGUAGUAGAACUAGGUCAUAGUUCAAAUUGUAUUGGUUAAAAGUAAUACAAUUUUUAUUAUGAAGUGUUUUAUUUAUUCAAAUUAAUCGGUGUAUAAAAGUCAUACAAGAAAUUUGUAAAGUUCGCAAAUAGUAAAUUAAUAAAAACUAAC